AAUCGCUGAAUCGGAAGUCGUUAUAUAUGCUCGUUCCGUGUGAUCUGUGUUUUUCGUGUUAUCUUUUCAAUUUCACUUCGAUGUGCAAUUGCCGACGCUAAAAAUAAGUACUGCCUGCAAGAACAAUUAAAGAGUAUAGGCUCUCAGUGUAAAUAUCAACGAAUAUAUAAAAUAAAAAAAAAUAAAUAAAUAAAGAAACGCCACGUUCUCGCGUCCUAUAAAACUCUCCCCACUAAAACGCUCAAGCGGCACAGGCACAUUACAUAUACGCCACCACGCCGUAUAAUUAGUUACUUGUCGCUGAUAUUUUAAACUAGCCGCAUAGCAACAGUGUUCUUUCUCAACCUUUCAAAUGAUUUGAAGUGACUCAAGCGAAUAAAACAAAUCGAAUUAGUUACCAAAACCGUUAGUAAUAAAUCCCAUUCGCAAAGGGAUCGUUAAUCGGGAAAAGUUAUAUCCAAACCAUAUACAGUGCGUUUCCAAUGUAGCCCUUCAUGGAUAAUUAACACGAGAUCGUUGUGUGACUAUAUAGCAAUAUCGUGUUAAACCAAAAAAUAUAUAGCAGUGGCUGAUUUUAGCAGCAAUCCAAUCCAUAGUGCUACCCAUUUAAUCAACACCUUUGGGAAUUUCACUCAUUUUGCCUGAGUCACCAGACAUUUCAAUUUUCCGUUCUUCAAAUGGGUUGACUUGUGACAUUGCAGCUUCCUGGACCCGGGAAACAAAAAGGGAUACAACUUGAACCUCAAAAGACAUAGCCAAAACGAAAGAGCAACCAACACCACCACUCCAUAAACCCACCGAGAAUCGAGAACCUUUAAGAAGCAUCAGUUAACGUAAACUUAACCACCUGGAAACCGUUGAAAUCUCUGCUUGAAAGCAGUCCACCACCCAUGAACCACUUGGCCAAAACGCUAGACAGCGUGGCCACCAAGAUCAGCAGGAACUUCAGCUCCUGCACCUGCACCCAACCACAGAACCACCUGCACACUGGCCACCUAAUUGCCCACCGUCUUGGCCACUCCUACGCAGCUCGUGCCGAUCAUAAUUAUUUGGGAUAGAAAUUGAAAAAUACUGAAAUUUGGUAUAUAGAUCUGUGAUCCUGUGAUCAUUGCUGGAAACAUCUUUCGUCUCUUAAUUGCACUGCAGCUUCAAGACGGCCGGCACAAUGUUGAAAGUCGUUGGUGCAUCGUGGCAAAAAACGCGGAUAGGGACCUACAUCCUUAUCGGAGCCGGUCUUUUGGUCAUUGGAGCCUUCUUUAUUGGCUAUAUGGAGAGGCCGACAUAUGAUGGCACUUAUUGUGCCACCGCCUUGUGGACAAAGCAGGUGGGAUUCACCAUUGAGAACUGGAAGCAGCAGAAUGAUUUGGUUAAUAUACCCCAAGGUGUGGCUAGGAUUUGCUACAAGGAUUCGGUCUAUGAGAAUGGAUGGGCUCAAAUUGAGGUGGAAACCCAAAGAAGUUAUGAUGAUUGGGUGCAGGCUUAUGCCGCUGGCAUGCUAGAGGGUUCGCUGACCUGGAGGAAUAUCUACAAUCAGUGGGUUAAUACCAUUGCCACAUCCUGUGAUCGUGAUGAUAGUUCCCGUAAAUUCUGCGGUUGGCUGAGGGAGCUCUUAACCGCCAACUUUGAACGUUUAAAGACACAGACAGCGAAGGGUGAAAAUGAUCAUUACUGGCAUCAGUUGCACUUGUUUGUCAACCAGUUGGAGGGCCUGGAGAAAGGCUACAUUCGUGGAGCAAUUCGAGCUCGCUCUGAAUUGGAGGGUGAGAUACCCUUCUCCGAUUUCCUGCUGAUGAAUGCCGCUGCCGAUAUUCAGGAUUUGAAGAUCUACUACGAGAACUAUGUGCUGCCCAAUGGUACAGCAAGUGGCGAGGAUUCGUCCACUGAUCAGCCAAAGAACUUCUUUUUGCCCAGCGCCACCAUGCUGACGAGGAUCGUCCAGCAGGAGCAGGAACCCCAGAAACUUCAGCUACUCUUUGGUCACAGCACUGCUGGCAGCUAUUCCUCCAUGCUAAGGAUUCAGAAGCGCUACAAAUUCCACUAUCACUUUUCGCCAAAGCUCAGGAGUAACACUGUCCCUGGAGUGGAUAUAACCUUUACGGGUUAUCCUGGAAUACUCGGCUCCACCGAUGACUUCUAUGUGGUCAAGGGACGUCAUGUACAGGCCAUCGUAGGCGGCGUGGGAAUUAAGAAUGAGAAUCUGCAACUGUGGAAAACGGUGGACACGAAGAAAAUGGUGCCCCUGGUGGCACGUGUAAUGGCUGCCAAUCGGAUUUCCCAGAGUCGUCAGACUUGGGCUAAUGCCAUGGCUAGACAUCCUUUCACCGGAGCCAAGCAGUGGAUUACUGUGGAUCUGAAGAAGUUGGGCGAUCAGGAUCAGCUGUACAAUGUUCGAGAAGGCGAUGAUAAGCAUGAUGAUGCUGCUGUCACUGUGAACGAAAAGGAUAGGACAGCUAUUCUGAACCGCCACGAUCAGUUGAAGGACAUGGUCUGGAUUGCCGAACAGCUGCCGGGAAGUCUGACCAAGAAGGAUGUCACCCAGAACUUCCUAGUGAUUCCUGGCAACUCAUCCUGGCUGGCCAAUGGAGUGCCCUAUCACAAGAGUGUUCUGGAGGCCAGUGGUGUGAGCUACAGCGAGGAUCAGCAGCUCUCGGAGGCGGAUGAGGCCGAGUUGACAAACCUCGAGGCAGUGGACAAGUAUCUGCGAACUCAUGGUUUCCGUGGAGAUCUCCUAGGCGGCGAUGAGUCGAUUGCCUAUGGCAACAUAGAUCUGAAGCUGUUCUCCUAUAAUGCCCGUCUGGGUGAGAGCGACUAUCAUGCCUUCGCAGGACCCAUUUUCCUGCGACUACAGCAUGUCCAGCCUCGGGCUUUGGAGGAUCAGAGCGAGAAUGGUGUAGCCACAGCAGCCAUUGGCGAUGAAAGACUCAGUGUGAGCAUCGAUGAUGCAGCCAGUUUGGCGGAAAUGGAACUCAUCACCGAACGGCGACCGGUACGCAAUGAUAUGAGAGCCAUUGCCAUGAGGAGGAUUGGUUCCGGUCCCUUCAAAUGGUCCCAGAUGAGUCCCGCGGAGGAGGUUGGCGGCCAUGAGGGUCAUCCCGAUGAGUGGAACUUUGACAGGUUCUCCCCAAAGUGGGCGUGGACGGAGGAGAACGCUAAAACCCAUAGAACCCAAACGAAUUUCUAUCAUCCCUAAAUUCAAGUUUCCCUCUUCCCACUUUAAUUUAUAGUUUUCCAUCUCCUAAGCCUCGUUUAAUUUGAGUGUGUUUCUAGUUAGUAGUAGUCACAUCCUAAAUCUUUCGUCCAUAGUUUUGUAGAAUGUACUGUACUUAUGUGAGUGUCCAAUGGUGUCAAUUGUUGUCUUCCAGCUAUUUUAAUAUGUAUUUUUUUUCUCGUAGGACUUUUGUAAAUUAGCAAACAAAAUUGUAAAAAAAAUUUAU